GGGCUUUGUUUGGGGAACCAUGCACGUGCGUUGCUAGCUGCAGUGAACGUUACCUAACCGCAGAAGGGUUCAUUUACAAGCAAAAACUAAACAAUUACAGGUUAAAAUACUGCGUUAGCUUGUCAAAUGAAAUGUUUUUGCGACCGUGGAUAUGACUGACACAAUCUGGUAGUGGCAGUUCGCUACGUAAAACCACGUAAAUAUGACUAUUUUCUGUUGUUACGGCUGAAUAACCGUUAAAACUCAACGGUAAUGGCUGUUCUGUCGUCUCUGCUGUUUUCUUCCGCUCGUCUCCUCGCAACUUCUCGAUUACUGUUUCGGGAACUGGCAGUUGAAACACGGAUAACAUGGCAGUGCUUGUCAGUCCAGCGUUGUUACACGUCGGACACUGCAGUCUCAUCAGCUGAUCAUCUCAGCUCUGGACUUGAGAGGUACAAGGACUUACAGAAAUAUUUCAGCCGGAGACUGAAGGCAGCUUACCGCAGGUUCUCCAAUAUACCCGAUCACUCAAUGGUAUUUGGCCAUCACCAUAUGUAUUUCAUUGAAGAGGAUGGCAUCUACAGAAUGGACAGGAGACAGAGUGAUCUGGAGCCAGAGCAGGUGUUAAAUCUAGGACAAGUCUCUGGAGGGCAGGAGAAUGAAGAGAGGAAGCAAAGGUUUCAGUGGACAGUCCAGAGAAUCCGUCUGUCCCCACAGGAGAAGCAUCUUGCUGCCACACUGAAGUUUAGUCACAGAGAAGAGCUGAGAUGUGUAGUUGUGAGGCUUGGAAAGAGACAUUUCCUCCCUGUGGAUCCCCAACCCGUCGUACUCACACUGGAGAAAGUCUUCAGCUUUGAGUGGGCCACAGAUGAUGUCCUGUUUUACGCAACUCUGGAGGAGCUUCGUUCCAGUGCAGUGUUUCGUCUGGAUCUGACCUCCAGUGGCAGCAGGAUAACCCAUGUGUAUGAGGAAACACAGCCCGAUGUGUUUGUGGAGGUUGCCCUGUCCAGAGACCGACAGAUCCUGACAAUCAACUGCAACAGCAGGAACAGUUCAGAGGUGCUGCUAUGUGAUAUAACAAGAUCCCACUUGGAGCCUUUUUUGGUUCAGCCGCGCCAGCUGGACCUCCUAUACCAUGUGGAACACUGGAGGAAGUGGCUUAUUAUGCUGGCUAAUACAGGGCCUGGACAAGAAUAUCAGGUCGUGAAGGCCCCUCUCUCCGAGCCAUCCAUGGUCUCCUGGAACUCUUUGUAUGCUCCUGACCCUGGCACUGUAAUUAAAGACAUGGAUAUAGUUGGAGACCAUUGUGUGUUGGUUGCAACAACACCAGUCAGUCAACUUGCCCUGAUCGUGGUCCCAUUGACUCAUCCCAAAGAGGCAUACACUGUACCGCUCCCCUCCUGGACUUGUGCCCUUGAAACCAAGAAACCGGGCUUGGCAGAGAAACAAAAUGUGCUAGAAUUCCUGAUCUCAUCUCCAGUCCACCCACCGGUGCCGUACUGUCUGUACCCCGAGAAUGGGCUCCUUUUAUCAGCCACUGGAGAUGGGUCCUCACCAGAGAACCUGGACAAUUAUAUGACCACACGCUUUGAGGCCUGCAGCCAAGAUGGUACAUUGGUGCCAGUGACAUUGUUUCAUGAAUUACCUGUGGAGAGUCUGAGACAGGUGCCACUGCUCGUCCAUGUCUAUGGAGCUUAUGGCAGAGAUCUUAACAUGGACUUCUGCCCGGAAAAAAAAAUGCUACUGGAGCAAGGCUGGAUUCUGGCCUACUGCCACAUCAGAGGUGGAGGUGAGCGUGGACUUACAUGGCAAAGACAAGCCCGUGUGGAGGGGAAGCAGAGAGGAGUGGAGGACCUCCAAGCCUGUCUCCAUCACCUUUUCUCUUCAGGAGUUUCCUCUCCUUCACUUACUGCCCUUACAGCCUGCAGUGCUGGAGCAGUGCCAGUGGGAGCACUGUGCAACAGACACCCACACAUGAUACGGGCUGUCACACUGCAGGCUCCUUUUCUGGAUGUGUUGGCAACCAUGCAGGAUCCCAGCCUGCCUUUAACUUUGGAGGAUAGAGAUGAAUGGGGGGACCCAGUGGGAAACCCAAAACACAGACAUAUCAUCACCUCCUACUGCCCCUUUCACAACAUUACACCUCAGCACUACCCAUCAAUGCUGCUGACGGCCUACAGUGGUGAUGCCAGGGUUCCUCUGGCAGGAAUCAUCAAAUACACUGAACAGCUGAAGAAAGUCAUUCAUACACACUUGAGCAUGCAGCCGAAGUCAGAAUGUGAACCAGCACCAAACAUAGUUCUGAAUAUCCAGCCUGGAGCAAAUCACCUCGGACCAGAAGACUUUGAGCAGUUGCUGGAGGAGGAAGCCCUCAAGUUGGCAUUUCUAUACACAGAGCUGAGUCUGGACCCUCCUCGGCCUCCACGCAGGAGAAAGAGAUAGUGAGGCUGUCUGGAGACAAUCAGAAAGGAUGACACAAAGGUGCUAAAAUCUUAAACAAUACCAAAGAGGACAACAUCACCAGUGAAAUUAUGUGUAGUUGUUCACUUUAUUAUUUGACACAGGUCUUUUAUGGAGAGACUAUAAAUGAAGAAUCUCAAUCAUUUGAUUGCUGUAUUAGCUGAAGGCUAUCGUCCAUUCAUGUUAGCAUUUAUAAAGUAUGUUGCCAAUGGCUUUCCCACAUCCACCUUGAAAAGCAGAUGUACCAACAUCUGCAGAGUCUUUCAGGAACAGAUAUCUAGCAUGUGCAGCAAAACACCAAUUAAACUCCACUCAGUAAUUUUACACACAACACCCGAAGGUGUCCAGUAAGAGUAAAAAUCGGACCUGGGAGAUGAAAUGAAACAUUCUGAAGUCCCGCAUCUAAAAUCUACAACUGAAUAUUUUGAAAUAUUGCUAUUGUGUUUUAAAGAAACUUUAACUAAUGUCCACCAGUGACCAAUUCUUGCAUGUCUUUAACAACACCAAGGAGAACAACAUCACCAGUGAAAUUAUCUGUAGUUGUUCGCUUUAUGUGACACAGGUCAUUUAUAGAGGGACUAUAAAUGAAGAAUCUCAAUCAUCUGAUUGCUGUAUUAACUGAAGUCUAUCGUCCAUUCAUGUUAGCAUUUAUAAAGUAUGUUUAUAGUCGGCAAGUAGCAGGCCUUCUCAGAGACGUAGCAUUCUUCAGGGUGGUUGGGAUUAUACCGCCUGCUAGUGGAGUAUUGAAUCACCAAGCCUUCCCCUGCUUCUGUCUGGAUCUGAGACUUCUGAUACACUUUGCCGUCGUUGACUUGGUUUGUGCUCAGCAGCACCAUCAGCUGGUCUGGUAACUCAGGAAUGGAGGAGAGAUCUGUGAUGGCAGAUUCCUUACCAAAGUUAAGCACCAUGAGGUAAGCUCGGUUCAGCCCAUCGAGCUCUCUGAGAUAGGAGAAGACAUUGGCAUCUGCGUGGAUGUAGCAGAACCAUCCUCGAUGAAGAGCAAGCUCCGACUCCCGGAGGUUACUCAGGAAACGGUACUGGGACAGAACAGAACCUGAAUCUUUCAUCUGGACCUGGAAAAGAAAGAGUGGGAAGACAAUACAUGAGCGAGCUCUGGUCAUGUAUUUCGUCAGAGAUGAACUUUACUGAAAGAAUUCUUUACCUCUACAUUGACGGUUUCGUAGUCAGGGUGCACAGGCAACCAGGUGAUGUUGGUUUUGUUGUUAAAGCCUGCGUUCAUGUCACCAUUCCACUGCAUUGGAGACCGCUCAGGGUCCCGACUGGCACUCUGCAGUGAAAGCACAGGAAUAACAUUGGCAAACUCAGCAGUCAGUGUAUCAGGUACUCCAAGAUAAAACUAGUGUAAUCUAAACUACAACAAACCAGCGAUAAAUCAAAACUUCAUGAAGCAAGUUUUCAUAGAGAUGCUGUGUUCUUUCUGCAGGCUGUAUUAUAAACUGUAAACAUGUCUAUUUACUGUCUAUGCACAUUUUUCUGUGUUUUGAAAUGUUAGAAAAUAAACCGGUCCUUUAUAUUGAUAUUACAAA